GGCGCAGGCGUUGGGAAGAAGGCUUUGUUUUUUCCUUGCCAUUGUUCUUCCGGCAAUGUCGCCACUAGCGGUGGAAUUUAGAGCUGCAGCAUUCGCUAGCACACAACACUUUGCAUUUCCCGGGGGUUUCUGUUUUUCUUUGUGCUCGAGCACACAGCAUCCGACUCUAGUCCGCGAUUAGAAGCACCGAGCUUACGAGCAUGCUUCGUCGUGCACACGCUAGACGUAACGGACCGGUUGCUGACUUCUGUACGAUGGGAUGGCUUUAACAAUACGAGUGGAAUGCGGACGGAUACGGUACCAGGCUUUCACUUCGAAGACAAUACGCUGGCCGUAAUUGGACCAGACGAGGAUUCCCGAGUAUUUCUAUUUGUAUGCGCGACAUUCCGAACUCCGAACUCUCUUACUGGUUUUGGCGUCCAGUGUGAGAUAUGCUUGCCGGGCACCCGGUUUGUCCCACGUCCGUAUUAUCUGCUGGAACAAAUGUACUGGUACCGGUCAGAGGGAAGGUCCUCGUGGCAAAGCAGAUGCCAUCUUGUAGCGCCAGGUCAUCGUUUACGAAGUAGAGUAGGAGUAGAGAGAUACGACACGAAGCUGGCCUCAGAUUGCCUGUCAGGCUGUGUCUCGUGGGAUUGGCGGGCCGUUGGUCCCUCCUGUCAGCCACGUGGGGCACGGGAGAGGAAUCAGCAUGUGCUUGCUCUGGCCGGGGCUGCGGCGCGAGCAACGUGUCAUGGCUACCUAGGUAAGCCGGCAGUCGGCCUCAAGAUCAAGACAAACAGCUGCUUUCAGAUAUGGAAUUCUUUGUCUCGCCCAACGCAGGGAGCACGGACGUGGCGAGCACAGGGAUCGAGCGGGAUGGUCUCGAAUGGGUAAGAGGAUAGGCAGGCCGCGUAGCAAGGCCGGG